UAUUAUCCGAUAUAGUAACCUAAGCUAUGACGCUAUUUCAGAUUCUUGGCAGAGAAUUGACUUCCGCAAAUGCUGAAACGUCUCACGAUUUGAAAAUUCUCUCAAGAUUGAUUAUACAGACAGUGUGUCCUGUCAUGGACGAAGGGCGAAAAUCUCGGGAGAGCUUAUUUUUACAACUCGGGAUCCUACUAAACUUACUGCUAACGCUUGUGUCUGUCGGGUAUCUUACAUAUAAAGUACACACGCUAGAUGACAGAGUCGUGAGAGCGGAGGAUGUACUAUUCCCCGGCCACCAAGCGAAGCCAGAAAACGCGAGAGAGCGGCAGACGAGAUCUGUUCGUUCAGAUUCGUGCGGUGAAUGCAGGGAAACAUGCUUAAUGCUAUUUGGACCGUCAUCCAGCCUAAAGAUCAUUACAAGAGAAAAUGCCAGUCGCACAGUUUGUCUACGCGGUAAACCCGGAGCUCCGGGUCCUCAAGGUCCUACAGGUCCUAGAGGGCGUAGGGGCAAGCCAGGCUCCAAAGGGGUGCGUGGAUGGCCUGGUAAAAGAGGCCCUGUUGGUCCCCCUGGUCCUAUGGGCCCACAAGGUCCAAACGGAAGGGCUUUCUCAGGGAAUACCUCAGUUCUCAUAGAUUCAUUGGACAUUCCACGAAUUACAACUCGACCACCUGAAACACUAGUCGCUAAACAAGGACAGAAUCUAAAGAUACCCUGCAUCGCCACAGGCUUCCCGGAGCCUGUGAUCGCCUGGUCACAUGACGGCAAACCGGUGAGUAAGGAGCGAUACAGCACUGACAUUGGCACCAUGACCCUCGAGAGCGUUCAAUUCAACGACAGAGGGACAUACACAUGCCAAGCGAAGAAUUUCAUAGGGUCAGCUAGGAUCACCUUUGAGCUCAUCGUUAACGUAAUUCCGCGGUUCGUCCAGCCACCACCCGUUUAUCUCCCUGGCUACAUUGGAUGGGAGACGACCUUAACUUGUGACAUCUUCGGCUUCCCGCCCCCUCACAUUGAGUGGACGCGUGCGCUACAGCAAAUACACUCUGGCCGUACCAGGCAAGCAGGCCGAAGGCUUAUUAUCAAGAAGACUGAGCAACAAGACCGUGGCCCGUACAUGUGCACAGGGACCAACAAGCUGGGGUCUGUGUUUGCAUUGAUCGUGUUAACUGUGUAUCCUGUUGUGCCGCCUACUAUUACCAAAUCUCCGCCGCCUGUUGUAACUGUCCAGCGCAGGGGCGCUACAUUGCAAUUGACAUGCGCAGCACAAGGCUCCCCGACCCCGACCAUCGAGUGGAGCAAAGACGGAAGACUCAUCUCUACCAAUGAUUCACGAAGUGAAGCAAAUACGCGCGAGGGAAGUCUUGUCAUGCCCUACUUCCAACCUGAAGACCAAGGGGACUACCAGUGCUUCUUUAGAAACUUCGACAAUGGCACCGCAGAGUUCGUAUCACAUGUUGAAUUGAUUGGUUGCGGUGAUCCUGGGGUCCCGGAUGACGGUUACCGCAUUGGUAAUCAGUUUUGGGCAGGAGAGAUAGUGACGUAUGUCUGUAACCAUGGAUACAAGCUAGUGGGACCGUCUAGUCGCAUGUGUCUUACCUCCGGAAACUGGAGUGAUAUCAAUACUACUUGUCAUAUUCAAUGUUCGGAGCCAGAACCACUCAACCACGGCCUCAUGCGUGGUGAUAAAUUUUGGGCCGGAGAGUCUGUCACAUACGAGUGUCACCAUGGUUACUGGCUGAGGGGAGAGGCCAAGAUACAGUGCACAGAAAACGGCACGUGGAGCCAUCCGCAACCAAUAUGCAAAGGUCAAGAGCUGUACUCAACAAUCCUGCAAAAUCAAACCGAGUACUAUGCGCUACUAAACGAAUGGCUCGCCCCAGUCUGCGCGGUCCCAACGCGAUGGGUCACGUGUUACCACGCGGUCCAGCAUGGGUGGUCCGCCAGCACGUUCCACGGACAGUGUGACAACAAGGGUCCUAGUAUCACCAUCAUCAAGGUCGGAGAGUACAUUUUUGGUGGCUACACGGAAGCCAGCUGGCAUUCUGGAGGAUCGUACACAGAAGCACCUAACAGUUUCAUAUUCUCCUUCAAAAACCAUUACAACAUCCGCCCCUUCAAGACCAGAGUGUGGAGACUUUCAAACUCCAUAUAUGGGAAUGGUAACUACGGUCCAACGUUUGGUGGCGGGCAUGAUAUUUACCUCGCCAACGACGCCAUCAAUAACGGGAACUCGUACCUUAACUUUGGGCACUCCUAUGUACAGAUAAGAGGCUAUAUCGGAGGGGAAGCUCAGAAAUUGUUAUCUGGAGCUUAUAACUUUAGGCCUGAUGACUAUGAAGUCUUCAUACAGACGACUUAAAUGUUCUUGUACGAUCCACGAUCUAGGGCUGGAGGAGCUGAAAGUUGGGGGGGGGGGGGGGUUCUAGAAAACGGUCAGAGAUAGUUACGUCUUUUUCGACUGCGUCACGUUGCGUACUUCUUUGUUAAUGACGCACGCUGCGACGUCAUCUGUGCAUCUAUUAGAGGAUAGAUGCACGCAAAAAUGAGAUCUAUUUGUUAAUAUCUCUCUGCUGGCACCCGUUCAGCUCUCCUCUUUUGUCAAAUGCUCGCUAAGUAGAAACCGGCCUGCUAUCGAAGCUUAUCGAUUAGAAAUGGUAACUGGUACUCAUAUCAGAUUUGGAAUCAAUUCUUAUAAAUUUCCGAUAGCAAUUGUUAUAAUUGGUCUCACGCGAUAAUUGCCACCAGUUAUCAUUUUUGUCAAUCCAUUAUGGUAGAGGUAUUUACCUAUAGUACUUGAAAUAAGCAAACAGGAAGCAUAUUAGAUUUUUGUUGCUGCAUUUUGCACAUGUUUGAAUGACGUUAAUAUACUAGCAGAAAAUGUAGGUCAUCAUCUUUGUAAGAUAUUGUUAAGUUUGGAUCUGUAUGGGUCUCAUGUAUUGGGCGGUCAUGAAGAUGUGUUUUCGCAUCUUGUCGACUCGCACCUAUAAAAGCACUGUUCAGUGAAGGCAGGUUACCUAGAAGUAUUGUUAGAGAAUCGUUAUGAAAUUCUCAAUACAAUUGACUUUGUGCCUUA